AUGACGAUCCAGAUUAAUACAGAUGGAUGUGUUCUUCAUCCGAAGAGACGUAAAAUAAGGCACAUUAGAGGACUCUCGGUAUACAACAUCACAUCGGCGGUUGGUGGCUCGCAGAGGCCGCUUAGUGGUGACCUCGACGAGAAGCAACUCCAGGCACUAAACCAUCGCAGCUUCUUUAGCGCUUUCUGCUCGUUGCACUAUUCAUCGGGCGUACCAUUCCAUGUGAGUGAAGUACACCACGGUUGUAUCGAUGUUGAGUUCCAGGAGUUUGAUCUCUACGGAAUAGCAGGCUCUGAUGAGCACAAUAUCAUUGUUAAGAUCUGGGUAACCAAUGAAGCUGAUGAAGAUGACGAUAGCUGGACUCUACUGAUGCAGUUGGAUUUCAGUCUGAGAGCGCUGCUGUUCUGUGACGAGCCUAUCGGUGAUAACUGUGUCAUGAUGAACCUCGUUGACGGGAAGUACAUUGUGCCUACAAAUGACAUAGACCUUCUGUGGUAUUCUCAUGUGCUGAAACGCUCAACUCCAGUGAGAAAGGUCGCAAGUCUUAACUACGAUAUGCUUAUGAAGCUAAAUAGCAUACAGUUGAGCCUGGAAGAUCUGAAGGUCUCAAAGGCGAAGCUUGCCAAAAGGAUCUCAGAGGAUGGCGUUGAGAAGGGAGUCGCAAGCUAUAGGGAGCUCAAACUCAGAGAUAUGAUAAGCUCUGCAAAACAAGAACUAGAGAGCAAACGAGAGAGACUACAAAAUUUGAGGUCCCUUAGAGAAAUAAAGCUGAAGAAGAUACAAGGAUUGAGAACAUCACGCCAAUUACAACUCGAACAACUGGACCAAGAGCGUGGUGACUUUUCAAAUCUACUGAUUCAACAUGAAACUACACUGAACGAGUUUACUGUGGAGAGGACUAAGGUCAUCAAGGAGGUGAAAUCCAUUUUCCCACUGGAGGAUAUUGCACAUUGGUUAGAGAUACCAGAAUUUGACCUUUUGCCACGUUCAGUUUCCCUUAACCAUAUUGAAUCUCCAAUCCAUAAUGAGAUCAAUGCAUCAUUAGGCUAUUUGGCGCACAUGACGUUGUUACUUUCCCAUUACCUUGCCGUGCCACUACGGUACAAGAUACAGUUCUUUGGAAGUUACUCCAUCAUUACCGAUGACGUUUCACAGAUACGACAAAGAAGGGUAUUCCCAUUGUUCUUUACACAGCAUUACCCACAGUUCCAAUAUGGUGUAUUACUACUUGUGGCAAAUAUGAAGGAUAUCAUGGAGGAGAAUUAUUUACAGUAUUAA